GAAGUCUGAACAGGCAAAAGAAGAAAGCAAUGCCAGGCCCUUUUCCCUAGUUGUCCGAUGCUGCUUUCGAGGAGAACCCACUUAAUCGAUGAAGAAAAAUCGGCUUUCAAGUCCCCAAAUCUCCAUCUUUUUCUUUUGCUUGUCGGAUUCCGAAACAUAUUGGGUGAUUGAUUGGAGUGGAUUAUCAUACCUUCCCUUACUAGAGAAAGGGGAAAACAGGAUAGAAAAGAUAGGACAAGGAAAACGCCCCACUGUCCUUGAUUUUCCUGUUCGUGAUAACAUUACAGGAAAAGCAGGUUCUGUUUUGUCGUUGCUUUGAGGGGCCUUCUAUUUAUCUCUGUGCAUUGGCGCCAUGGGAAUUUGCCUCUCUUUUCUCCCCAGAAGCUGUGUCUUAUGGCGCUUUCUGGUGAAGAUGGAUAUCUUAGCUUCCAAAGUAAUUUGUACGAAGCUCUGAUGAGUGGAGAUGAAAACAGGGUGAUUCAGCUCUGCGAACGAGUUCCAGAAGGCCCGCUCUACCCAUUAACAAUACACAAUGACACGGUCUUGCACAUGGCCACUUACUCCAAACAAGAAAAUCUAGUCCUCCGUCUACUUGACAAAUUGCCGCAGAGUCAGAACGGCAAAAUGGAUGCUAAGAAUGACAUUGGAAACACCAUCCUCCACGAGGCGGCCACUUCGAGCAAAAUUGUGCCCGCCGCCAGGGCAAUGCUCGGUCGAGCCCCGUAUUUGUUGGAGAUGCGCAACGAACGCGGAGAGACGGCUCUCUUCCGUGCCGCCCGAUAUGGGAAGAUGGAAAUGUUUCGAUUUCUUGACGAGCAAGUGAAAGAAAGCUUCAAGAGCAAAGAGGAAGAAAAGGUGGACAAAGAGUUGUUUGAAAAAGCGCUUAAAGAAAUGUAUGUGCGGGACGAUAAAACCACCGUUCUUCACAUAUGCGUCCUCACCGAGCACUUCGCUGCAAAAGGUGAAUCAUGGUGUAGGGUUCCUUUGUGGGAAGAAAUUAAGAGAAAGAGGCGAGGAUAUGACUCAGCAGUGAAGCUUGCUGAGUUCUUGAUUGAAAAGGAUACUUCAUGGAAGAAAACUGAAUCUGCCUUGGACCAGAGUAAGCCCAGGAUCCAUAAAUUUGGUGCCACGUCUCUUUCCCACCAAGGACAGGGGUCAGAUAAAGAACUACAUACCCCAAUAGCUGAAACUAGUGUAGAUAUCGCUGAAACCCCAUUGUUGUUAGCUGCCAAGUCAGGGAUUUUGGAGAUUGUUAAAGGAAUACUUACCAAGUAUCCUCAAGCAGUUGAGCACAUUGAUGAUGAAGGGCGAAAUGUUUUACAUGUAGCCAUCAAGUAUCGCCAGCUACAUAUUUUUGACUUCAUUGAGAAGAACAUGGAUGUUCCAAUGAUGAGACUGGUGAGGAAGAUUGACAACCAAGGGAACUCAAUUCUACACAUGGUUGGGAUCAAGGGAGAUCAUUCUCAGAGGAUUGAAGAUAUGCGAAGCCCUGCUCUAAUAUUGCGGGAAGACUUGCUCUUGUUUGAGCGCGUGAAGAAGAUCUGCACGAACCAUUUCAUCAGACACUUGAAUAAUGAUGGACACUCUGCUGAAAAGUUGUUUGCCGAUAAUAAUGCUACGCUGCGUGAAUCUGCUAAAGAAUGGAUUAAGCGCACUGGUGAAAAUUGCUCCAUUGUGGCGGUGCUGAUUGCCACUGUUGCCUUUGCUGCAGCUUACACGGUGCCGGGAGGUCCGAACCAGAACACUGGCUACCCACUUCUCCUUAAUCAAUCAUUCUUUAUCAUAUUUACCUUGUCAGAUGCCCUCUCCCUUACAUCUGCUUUGACAUCAGUCAUCACAUUUCUAUCUGUCCUCACGUCAUCCUUUCAACUGAAGGAUUUCAGGCGGUCUCUUCCUCAAAAACUCUUAUUAGGAGUGACACUAUUGAUCCUUUCCGUGUCAAUGAUGAUGCUAGCGUUUGCAGCAACGAUAAUCCUACUGAUAAGUAAUAAGCAACAGUGGACAAGAAUUGUCUUGUAUUCCGUGGCUUUCCUUCCAGUCUCUAUCUUUGCAAUUUCAUACUUGCCUCUAUAUGUUGAACUAGUGAGGACUUUCUUCCUCUCAGUGAGGAAAGUAGGAGAUGUGUUUCCCAGGUUUAACUGUGGUUACCUUCGAUCUCGGAUUUCCAGCUCAACUAGUUUUAGUAAAUCUCGAUCCUCACUUAUCUCAAAUCCUACUCGAUCUCAAGCCAAAGAUUCCACUCGAGCUUCUGGUCAAACCUCUUUGUUAGCUGUUUGAAUGGCUGAAUUUUCUUCCUUCAGUACCUGUUUCCCGAUUAGUUCUGUUCUGUCACUUCUCUCAAGUGGUUGAUUUCUCGAAUGAUUACUGUGGUUACUGCGCUUUUGUUCUUUUAGAAUUGUUGACUCUUAAUGCAAAAUAAACAAAUUUAGAUUCCAAUUUGAAUAUUUUGUUAGCUUCAAAACAUUUCAUCAAUUUGACUCAUCUUCAAACACACUCACAAUGUGAAACCAAUCAUUUGACAUGCAAAUGACAAGAUCCUCGUAUAACAGACAGAAAUGAACAGUUCAAGAAGAAAUCUAUACUUACAAGUGAGUUUGUGAUAGCUCAAACGAAGAAGUCAUUUUCUAUUGCUUACCAAACAAAGAUAUGCUUGUCUAGUUCUAUUUUGGAUUGAGUCGAGGUUGCUAACAUAUGCUUGUCUGGGCCUUACAUCAUUAAUCUUGAGCUUACUGUUACUAUGAAAUAUGAAAUUAUAUAUCUUAUACCAUAUCUGGGCCUUUUAGCAAGGAUUUUGUGAUUAAUUAUGGGGGCUUAGUUUUCAUUUUUUUAUUUUUUUUUUAUAUGUUAAAAAAAUUUCAUUUUCAUAUGUUAAAAAGGAUUUUGCAAAUGACAAGAUCCUCAUAUAACAGAAAGAAGUGAACAAUUCAAGAGGAAACAUAUACUUAAAUGUGAGUUUGUGAUAGGUUAAACCAACGAAGGUCAUUUUCUAUUGUUUACCAAACAAAGAUUAAUCUCUAGCUCUAUUUUGGAGUGAGUAGAGGUUGUUAACAUAUGCUUGUCUCUUUCUGAGGUUGUAUUGAACCUAUUUUCUUAGGACCCUUGUAUUGAAAGUUUUCUCUUCAUUUGUAUUUCAUUUCUUAUUUGUAAAGUUAUUGCUUUAGCCUUAAAAAGUGUUUUAUGUGGAUUAUUACUUCAUUCAUUUAAAAAACAUUAUAAAGGUUAGUACAUGUGUAUGUGAAAAAGCAUAAAGGUCAGUGCAUGAGCUUGUGUUAAAAAGAUCAUUGAAAAGUAACUAUAUAGAGGAUAGUGCUUGCCUAUUCAAAAAGUAAUACAUUAGUGGAUUUGAAAAUUCUUAGCAAAAAAUUAGGGUAACGGACGUAGGUAGAUUGCCGAAUCACUAUAAAUAAUGUGUUAUCUUUGCUUGAUCUCGUAUUUCUUAUUCAUCUAUGUUAUUCAUUGUAAUCUUGCAAAAUUUGUGAAGCACAAAUCCACUCCUUUCUUUAGUUUGAAUACUUGAUUGUUGUACUUAAUUUUAAUACUUGUGUAUUUUACUCGUCACA